GUUUCUCAUGAACUUCUUCUGUCGGUUUUCACUCUAGAAACUUUAGUUAUCUGGGAUAAGUUGUCAAAAGUCAAAACUGAAAUAGCCAGUCUCAAUAAAUAUUCGUUUUAGCUAAAAUAAUAUUUUGAACGUUAGAAAUGGCUCUUUGGGUAGAUAAAUACCGACCAACAACGUUUUGCAAGUUGAACUUUCAUAAGCAACAAGCAGAAAACUUGCGAAAUAUGGUUCAAAAGAGUGAUUUCCCUCAUUUACUCGUUCAUGGACCUUCUGGGGCUGGCAAAAAAACGAGAAUAAUGGCAAUCAUUCGAGAACUCUACGGAGCUGGAGCGGAACGACUACGAAUCGAGCCAAUGCAUUUCGAAACGGCGUCGAAAAAAAAAUUUGAAAUUAUGACCAUCAGCAGUAGUUUUCACAUUGAGGUUAAUCCUAGUGACCAUGGUAUUCACGACAGGAUUGUCAUUAUGGAUCUUGUGAAACAAACAGCUCAAACCCAGCAAUUCGAUAUCAAUGGCGGUCGUGAAUUCAAAGUUAUCGUUUUAACAAAUGUUGAUCAGUUGACUAAAGAUGCUCAACAUGCUCUUCGAAGAACUAUGGAAAAAUAUGUUGCAUCUUGCAGAUUGAUUCUUUGUGCUAAUUCAACAUCACGUAUUCUUCCUGCUAUAAAAUCUCGAUGUCUUGAAAUCCGGGUUCCUGCUCCAACUGUCGCAGAAAUCAAAUCUAUUCUUCAUCACAUAUGUAAAAAAGAAGGGCUCCAAUUACCAGAAAAGCUUGCCACAAAUGUUGCCAAUGCAUCUGGAAGGAAUUUGAGAAGAGCAAUUUUGAUGCUGGAGGCUUGUAAAAUCGAAUUGUAUCCAUUUAUUGAUGAUCAGAGAAUUGCUGAGCCAGAUUGGCAAUUAUUCAUUCGUAAAACGGCCACGAUGAUAGUUUCCGAACAAAGUCCGAGAAAACUUUUAGAAGUUCGUGGUCGACUUUAUGAGUUAUUAACUCAUGCAAUUCCUUGUGAGCUAAUUUUUAAAGGUCUUCUCGAAGAGAGUUUAAAAAAUUGCGAUUUAACCUUAAAAGCCGAAGUUAUUAAAAUCGCAGCUGAUCUUGAGCAUCGAAUGAGAACUGGCUCUAAAGCUAUUUUCCAUCUGGAAGCAUUUAUUGCGAGAUUUAUGGCAAUUUACAAAAAGUUUAUGGACAGAACAUUAGCAGACUUCGUAUAAAUUAAAAAAAAAAAAAUAAUACAGAUACAUAAUCACGGUAGAUUUUUCACGUACAAUUUAAGAUAUCGUAAAUUUUCAUAUCAGUGCGUCUCAAAAUCCAUUAUACCUUGUCUGCCAAUCAUUGAGCCGGUGGGUCUCAAAAGAGUGAUCAUGUAACCGAAUAUUCCAUACAUAAACAAAAAUUACUACCAAGGAAUGUUCGUGAAACAAAAAUGAUAAUUCCAAAUUUCGCAAUGACAUUAUUUAUUGAACUCAAACGAAGAAUAAAUUCUUGAUAUACACUUGA